CAGACGGAUCAUAGUACUUAGGCGAUUACUUCGACAUUUGUUCAUGCUUGUCUGUCGUGCAGUCAAUAUCACUUCGUCGAAACUAGUGGCGGACUCCAUACUCGACUACGGUCGGCACAACGCUGCAGAUUUUCCCGUAUCAAACACUACGAAACCGGACGGGUUGACGCACCUCAAGCACAUCUGGCCGCUAUGGAUGCCUGCUCUCUUGUGCUUCCAAUCACUCUGAUGCCGAUAAUUGGCCAAAAGGGCCUUAUCACCCACGGCGAUGUGCUUGAUUACGGUUGCACAUCAGCUCGUCCAUCCUGCUUGCAUUCUUGGACAUGUCUUCCGAGUGAGACAGCCGACGAUCACUGUUCGUCGAGGGCCCGCCGACUCGCGGUAGGCUGCGAGGACGGAACACUCUACCUAUUCCGCACGCCGUCGAAUGCGGCCUGUAGGAGGCGUGCGUCCGCUGCUGUAUCUCCAGAUCUCACGGAUAGCUCAAGGUCCGCUAGCCCUCGGUUUCUUAGUCUUAGUGCCGCGCACUCCCGUUCAGCAUCACCAUCUUCGAACAGGCCAAUCACCAAUCCUUUCCAGCUGACGCGAUCACGCGUUAUUGCCUCGGUCUCUGCAGAACAGGUCGAGGCGCCCAAAACUUACGUGGAUUUCGACGACGAGCCAGAGAAGUUGAAGGGAAUGCUGAAGGGGAAAAGUAUGAAGGAAAAGGCCUUCAACGUACUCUUGUCUCCAGGUACUGAACGGAACAAUUUAUCGGACAAAGAGAAGGCAUCCUCAACGUCUGGCAAGCGUAGACUCAGAGCGCUUUCACCAGCCACGUCUGGUAGAUCGCGCGCAUCCAGCGUGACACCUCCAAACACCUCCGCUGCUGCUGAGGAGCCCGACGAUUGUGCGGAAACAUCUAUUCUAUCACUGUCCUGUCAUGUGUUUCCGCCGUCCAGUGGAUCUGCGGGUGCGGUCGCUGCUAUCAAUACAUACGAUAAUGGACGCUUUAUCAUUCUCUUGAGUCGGACAGGAGACGUCUCCGCUCAUGUUGCCACCGAUGGGUCAUGCGUGACUUCUCUCAGCAUUGAAUCAGAAGGCAUUCCUGUGCCUGCUUACCUGAAGCGGAGCACUCCCUCUCUCAAUAUGUGGGUCUGGAAAGGCCUGCACAUGUCAUUGCUAGGAGAGUCCAAUAUGCUCUUCGCUUGUGCAUCCAGCGUAACAUCAUAUUCAUCAUAUCGAGACCCGGAUCCGACGAAUGGCGAGACGGAAGCUCAGAUGUUGGUCGUCGCCUUCGAAAUCCAGAUGGGCCCUCACGAAGACGGUAGUGAAUUGCGUUUCGUGAAAGUCGGUGCCUGGUGCCUAGAUGGUUUCGCCGGGAGUCUCGGGUUACACGAACAGCCCGACGGUUCUGUCGAUAUAUUUUAUGUGUCCUCCUUGCUUCGUAUGAUGCGAAGGAAGAUGAGCAUUAUCGAGGACCCACAGCCUUCGGGAGAAGUGAGAACUGCAUCUGGCACGAAUAUAGCCCUUCAAUUAGCCAUCCCAUUCAAGGCUUUGAAGGCCCUUUCAGGGGAGAGGGAGCCCGACUCUGACACCGAAGACGAGUCGAUGCCAGUGACUCUAGCGGAAGCGACCGAUGUCGGAGAAGUGGCCCUUCGUGGAUCAAUAUGUGGUCUGCGUGUCAUAGCCAGUGGCUUAGCCAUUCGCGUUGCAUGCUGGUCGGAGUCGGAGCUGAUACUGCUUGAAGUGCGUGAACAGGUGUUAGCUUAUAGUGUGACCAUGGAUCUCGCAGAUAUCCACGAUAUCCAUUGGAUCAACGAGCACUCGUUUUCAGUGGUGCUACCAGACAGGGCAGAGACACAUAUAUGGAAAGAAGUUGAUGCCGACAGCGAGGUGAUAAACAAUGCCGCUGGCUCUCAUGCUACAAGACUCCUUCAACCUGUACCACUACGCAAAGCAGCACUUCCGCUAUAUGAUUCCUGUUUAAUCACCUCAGAUGGCCAAUUAAUUUACUCCACAGUGAAGAAUGGCCGAAGAAGAAUCAGAUUUGUCUCAAUGGACGGGUCCACUGAGCAAGCGGAAGCCCGGACACUCUGGAAAGCGAGCAGUGAUUCGGGUCAGAUAGCCUCUAAAUUGCGAGUGACUGCUUCGUUGCCUGUCGAACUGAACUUGAUCAUCUUGGGAUGUGGCGAUGGGCGUCUCCGUCGCACGAACUUCGCCGGUUUGUUGGGGAAGGCAGAUUAUGAUAGCUUACAGAUUUCAGAUGUGCCACUGCAAGGCGAGAUCCUAGCCUUAUACUUGGUCGAAGAUGAGCGAACCAAUAAGCGCUAUAUCGUCGGAGGCGCAGAUGAUGGUACAGUGGCGAUCUGGGAGCUUGAGUCGCUGAAACUCCGUGCCCGCUGGACAAUGUUCACGACGUCCCUCGUCCAGGUCAUUCACCUCUAUGGGGAGGACAUCGGUCGUCUGAGAGGCUGUGUGCUGUGCAUCUCGCAGGACGGUACGAUCGCCACUAUAGCAGUGGACAGCUGUCAGAUGGUUUUCAUCGUCCCGGCGUCCUCGGCACCAUUGAGCAGGAUAUAUGUCGGAGAAGACAAUCUUCUCCUGCUGUACGCUGAUGGACGGGCGAGACUGUGGGACUCGAAGACUAGAGAGUUCUGGAGAUCAAUGAGUGCGGAGAAGGUGGAUGAGCUGAUGAAGCAGGGAGGAUGGAACGGGUGGUCUGUUAAGUCCACUGGGGAUACUUCGAAGGCCGUCGUUUCAUCCUUGCCCUGCCAGUCCGUCGCGGGCGCUUCGUCCACAGUUCUUGUGGAUGUCGUGGCGCUCAUACGGCAGAGCACGGGGAUCAUUCUGUCCGCUGGUGCAAUUCCGUCCAACACCAACAUAGAGCAGAAACGCCCAAUCGACUGGCAGCAAUUGGCGCUUGUCCUUUCCGCAGUCUUGACCCCUGGCUUGAGCAACGAGAUCGACAGAAUAUGCCGUGAAAAACUGGGGGCCAAAUCUUCAUGUCUUCCGGUAGGCUAUGCAGGCAAUGGGACGACCUCUGUAUACAACGAACAGAGUACGCCAAUAUGGUGUGCUUCCCCGGAGGUCUCAGCUGCACGUUCUGUGGCGAUUCUCGGCAUCUUGAACGUUUUCAUGCAGAAUGAAGCGCUCAAAUCAGAUACUAGCACCGUAAUGACAUCCUACGCCACGUCUCUUGCGGAGGCGGUCGGCACCUCGUAUCAAUCGCCGAGUCUAUCGUUCCUAACAAGACAGUGGCUACAAUCGAUCGUACUGGAAAUCCGGAACGCAUCUCGCUCACUAUUUGACAUCGGAGUCGCUCGCCUCACGGAUGAGGAGGCCGUGCAAGCUGUUGAAUAUUGGCAGGCGUAUCUGCCAUGCGCGCAGCCGGAUGCGGAAGAAUGUCUUCGAGAUGCCAUGGCGCUGCACAUAUGCGGUUACAUUGCCAUACAGAAGUACAGCCUACUGUCCGCAAGCGUCCUCACGGACAUAGCACGCUCAAUUGCACAGUAUCUGCACGACGAAAGCUCCUCGUACCGCGCUUUGGCCAUCGAGCUAUGCUCUCGUGGCUUCCCGGUGUGGCAACAGUACGUCGACGCAGUCGAGAUGCUGCGUGCACUUUUUACGCUGGCGACUGCAUCACGGAAGGACUCGAUCUCACCGCACAACAUUGGAGCUCAAGCACGAUCUGCGGUCCUUCAAAUCGCUACCGCCAACACGCCGCUGUUUAUGACCACCUUGACCAUCGACAUACUGCAGCCACGCAGCGUGCAGCACCGCAGAUCUGUCAUGCAGUUGGUCAUCCUCCUCAUACGCAAGAAUCCGAUGGUGCUGUACAGCAAUUUGCCUCGCUUGAUGGAGGCUAUCGUGAAAUCGCUGGAUCCCAAUUCUACCGCCGACCGAGACGCAGUUCUGGAUUCUGCCACUGACAUUCUCAGACACGUUGUGCAAACCUUCCCUACUGUCGACUUUCACUCCCCCACGCAACGCCUCGCAGUGGGGACCAGCGAAGGCGCCGUGGUGAUGUACGAUUUGAAGACUGCCACUCGCCUAUAUGUGCUGGAAGGCCACAAGAAACGAACAACAGCGUGCAGCUUCUCGCCGGAUGGACGGCGCCUGGUGACAGUGUCGCUUGAGGAGUCUGUCGUGCUGGUGUGGAAGGUCGGCUCCAGCUUCACUAGCUUCUUCAUUGCGGGGGCACCCCCACGGCAAGGACAUGCAGGCUCCGGACCGUACAAGACGCUCGGGUUCAAUGUCGGAGACGAAGCUCAAAUGUCGCUCAUUGCCACCCUGACCGAUGUCCGAUUUGAAUGGCUUGCAGAUCGCAGUGUGAGACUGCGGAUACGCGAGAGCGCUCUCACAUUCAGUACAUAAGCAGUUGCUUCAUCUCUUGCUCGGAUCUCUUGCUCGGAGAGCAAGAUUUGGUUCACUGGUGCCUGUCGCCAAGAAGUUGCAGGGGUGGAAAAACAUUACUUAACAUAGUAUAUACUCUCUUUCCAAAUAGGUGCUGUAUAUGUAAGCAUAUUAGUCAAUCUUGUCUCGUCUGCAG